ACUUAGGACAAAGAAAAUCGAUUCACGGUGCAAGCAAGCGAAAAUUUAGAGACCAAAAAGAAAAAAAACUACUUCGGACGAACUAGCAAGAACAGAGCCGAAUCUGCUUAGCCCAAAUCCUAGAGAGGCUUAAUCUCUUCUUGAACAAAAUUUUUAUUUGUUGAAGGGUUUAAGCUUCUCACUCUUCUUCUGAAUCAAAUUCUUUUGUUGAUUAUUUAUAUAUUUUUUUCAAAAUUUUUUUUGGUAUAAUUAUAGUCCUGGAAGGAGGCGGAGGAGUUCAGAAUCUUCGGUUACUGAAUUUGAAAGAUCGUUUGUUCUUGAAGAUUUGGAAGUAGAUCCGGGAAAGCAAUCCAAGAUUCUGAUCCGAUAAAUCUCGUUUCUGUGUGAAUAUGGCUGGUGCCUUCAACCCUGUGGUUGGGUCUCUAGUCUGGAUAGAAGAUCCCGAUUUAGCUUGGCUAGAUGGUGAAGUUUUGGAGAUCAAUGGUGAAAAUAUUAAGGUCCUCUGCACAUCAGGGAAGACGGUUGUUGUUAAGGCUUCCAAUGUUUAUCCUAAAGAUGCAGAAGCCCCGCCAUGUGGAGUGGAUGAUAUGACAAAGCUAGCUUAUUUGCAUGAACCAGGAGUCUUAGACAAUUUAAGGUCAAGAUAUGAUAUCAACGAGAUAUACACUUACACGGGGAACAUCUUAAUUGCUGUGAACCCUUUCUGUAGACUGCCUCACCUCUAUGAUAGCCAUAUGAUGGCACAAUAUAAAGGUGCAGCCUUUGGUGAGCUUAGUCCGCAUCCUUUUGCUGUUGCAGAUGCUGCAUAUAGACUAAUGAUUAAUGAUAAAGUAAGCCAGUCAAUAUUGGUUAGUGGUGAAAGUGGGGCGGGUAAAACGGAAAGCACAAAAUUGCUUAUGCGUUAUCUUGCUUACAUGGGAGGGAGAGCUGCUGUUGAGGGUAGCAGGACUGUUGAACAGCAAGUUCUGGAGUCUAAUCCUGUUCUAGAAGCAUUUGGUAAUGCUAAGACUGUGAGAAACAAUAACUCAAGUCGAUUUGGUAAGUUUGUGGAGAUUCAAUUUGAUGAAAAUGGAAGAAUCUCGGGAGCUGCCAUAAGAACUUAUUUGCUUGAAAGAUCCCGUGUUUGUCAGUUGUCUGAUCCUGAGAGAAACUAUCAUUGUUUCUACAUGCUUUGUGCUGCACCACCAGAGGAAAUUCAGAAAUACAAAUUGGGACAUCCAAGAACAUUUCAUUAUUUGAAUCAAUCAAACUGCUAUGAAUUGGAUGGCCUUGAUGAGUCUAAGGAAUACAUAGCAACAAGGAAGGCAAUGGAUGUUGUUGGAAUUACUUCUGAUAAGCAGGAUGCAAUAUUUCGAGUUGUGGCUGCUGUCCUUCACCUUGGAAACAUUGAAUUUGCAAAGGGGAAGGAAAUGGACUCAUCUAUGCCAAAAGAUGAAAAAUCUUGGUUCCAUCUUAAGACAGCUGCCGAGCUUCUAAUGUGUGAUGUGAAGGCACUGGAAGAUUCUCUUUGCAAACGUAUUAUUGUAACUCGUGAUGAAACAAUCACCAAGUGGCUUGAUCCAGAUUCUGCAGCUGUUAGUAGAGAUGCUUUGGCUAAAGUUGUUUAUUCGAGAUUGUUUGACUGGCUUGUGGAUACGAUUAAUAGUUCAAUUGGUCAAGAUCCUGAGUCAAAGUAUUUAAUCGGGGUUCUGGAUAUUUAUGGAUUUGAGAGUUUCAAGACAAACAGUUUCGAGCAAUUUUGCAUUAACUUGACAAAUGAGAAGCUUCAGCAACAUUUCAAUCAGCACGUUUUCAAAAUGGAGCAAGAAGAAUAUACAAAAGAAGAAAUCAAUUGGAGCUACAUUGAGUUUGUUGAUAAUCAAGAUAUCCUUGAUCUCAUUGAAAAGAAACCUGGUGGCAUUAUUGCUCUUCUGGAUGAAGCUUGUAUGUUCCCGAGAUCGACACAUGAGACAUUUGCCCAAAAGCUGUACCAGACUUUUAAAAAUCAUAAGCGCUUUACCAAACCUAAAUUGUCACGUAGUGACUUCACAAUUUGCCAUUAUGCUGGUGAUGUCACUUAUCAAACAGAACUGUUCCUGGACAAAAACAAAGACUAUGUGGUUGCUGAACAUCAAGCACUUUUGAGUGCUUCAAAGUGUUCUUUUGUGUCAGGAUUGUUUCCUCUUCUAGCUGAGGAUUCAUCUAAAUCAUCAAAGUUCUCAUCGAUAGGUUCUCGGUUUAAGCAACAAUUGCAACAAUUGCUUGAAACUCUAAGUUCCACGGAGCCACAUUACAUUCGAUGUGUAAAACCAAAUAACCUUCUCAAGCCAUCAAUUUUUGAGAGCAAAAAUGUUUUACAACAGUUGCGGUGUGGGGGUGUCAUGGAGGCAAUUAGGAUAAGCUGUGCUGGCUAUCCUACUAGAAAAACAUUUGAUGAAUUUGUAGACCGAUUUGGUCUCCUUGCCCCUGAAGUUUUGGAUGGGAGUAGUACUGAUGAAGUCACAGUUUGCAAGAAUCUUUUGGAAAGGGUCGGACUUGAAGGCUAUCAGAUUGGUAAGACAAAGGUUUUUCUUAGGGCUGGUCAAAUGGCAGAUAUGGAUGCCCGUAGAAGUGAGGUCUUAGGAAAGUCAGCUAGUAUAAUUCAGAGGAAGAUCCGUUCCUACUUGUCACGGAGAAGUUUUAUCUCUCUUCGUCGAUCUGCAAUACAGAUUCAAGCUAUUUGUAGAGGAAAACUUACUCGGCAAGUUUACGAGGGGAUGCGGAGAGAAGCUUCUUCUUUGAUGAUCCAGAGGAAUUGGCACAUGCAUGUUGCAAGAAAAGCUUACAAAGAACUGUGUUUCUCUGCUGUCUCCAUCCAGACAGGCAUGCGUGGUAUGGCUGCUCGUAAUGUGUUACGCUUCAGAAGGCAGACUAGAGCAGCAAUUAUUAUUCAGAGUCAAUGUCGCAAAUUCUUAAUGCGUCAGCAUUUUAUGAAUUUAAAGAAAGCAGCAAUUACCACGCAAUGCGCAUGGAGAGGAAGAGUUGCUCGUAAAGAACUUAAGACUCUCAAGAUGGCUGCAAGAGAAACUGGAGCUCUUCAGGCUGCCAAAAAUAAACUUGAAAAGCAAGUUGAAGACUUGACAUUGAGAUUACAGCUGGAGAAACGGAUAAGGGCUGACCUGGAACAAUCUAAAACACAAGAAAAUGAAAAGCUACAUUCCGCUUUGCAAGAAAUGCAGACUCAAUUUAAAGAAACUAAAGCAAUGCUUGAGAAGGAGCGUGAAGCUGCAAAAAGAGAAGCUGUAAAAGUUCCAGUUAUACAGGAGGUUCCAGUUGUUGACCAUGCAAUGUUGGAGAAACUUAAUAGUGAAAAUGAGAAGCUCAAGGCUCUGGUCAGUUCAUUGGAAAAGAAAAUUGAUGAAACAGAGAAGAAAUAUGAAGAAUCAAACAAAAUUAGCGAAGAAAGGUUGAAGCAAGCUUUGGAUGCUGAAUCUAAAAUCAUUCAUUUAAAGACUGUGAUGCAGAGGCUUGAAGAAAAAUUUUCUGACAUUGAAACUGAAAACAAAAUUCUUCGGCAGCAGACCUUAUUAAAGACACCUGUUAAGAGUUCAUCCGGACUUCCGCCAACUCCGGCAACUCCAGCUACUCCGAUAACGACAAAUGGUCAUCAUCCUAGUGAAGAGAGCAGAGCAGAUGAAUCACAUAGUACAACUUCAGUUAAGAAGUUUGGUACAGAAGCUGAUAGCAAGUUGAGGAGAUCUCUUAUUGAACGUCAACAUGAGAAUGUUGAUGCUCUAAUCAACUGUGUUGUAAAAAACAUUGGGUACAGUCAGGGAAAGCCUAUUGCAGCUUUCACCAUUUACAAAUGCCUUCUCCACUGGAAAUCUUUUGAGGCUGAAAGGACAAGUGUUUUUGAUCGUCUCAUUCAAAUGAUUGGUUCAGAAAUUGAGAAUCAAGAAAACAAUGAUCAUAUGGCUUAUUGGUUAUCAAAUACAUCUGCACUAUUGUUUUUACUCCAACGAAGUAUGAAGGGUGCUGGUAACAAUGGUGCAACUCCACAGCGAAAACUGCCCCCUGCAACAUCUCUCUUUGGAAGGAUGACCUUGGGUUUCCGUUCAUCUCCUUCUUCUACAAACCUUCCUGCACCUGCAGUUGAUGUAGUACGCCAAGUAGAAGCAAAAUAUCCAGCUUUGCUAUUCAAGCAGCAGCUGACAGCCUAUGUUGAAAAAAUAUAUGGAAUAAUUCGAGAUAACUUGAAAAAGGAGUUAUCUUCAUUAAUUUCAUUAUGUAUUCAGGCGCCAAGAGCAUCUAAGGGAGUACUAAGAUCUGGGAGAUCCUUUGGGAAAGAUUCUCCUACCAGUCACUGGCAGACCAUUAUUGAAAGCCUUAACACUCUCCUUAGCACAUUGAAAGAAAAUUUUGUGCCUCCAAUUCUUGUACAGAAAAUAUUCACUCAGACAUUUUCAUUUAUCAAUGUGCAACUUUUCAAUAGUCUUCUUCUACGCCGUGAGUGUUGUACAUUCAGCAAUGGGGAGUACGUGAAAUCUGGACUAGCUGAGCUCGAAUUAUGGUGCUGCCAGGCAAAAGAUGAAUAUGCUGGUUCAUCUUGGGAUGAACUGAAACAUAUCAGACAGGCUGUUGGAUUUCUGGUUAUACAUCAGAAAUAUAGGAUAUCCUACGAUGAAAUCACUAAUGAUUUGUGUCCUAUCCUGAGCGUUCAGCAACUAUAUAGAAUAUGUACUCUCUACUGGGACGACAAUUAUAAUACCCGAAGUGUAUCUCCGGAUGUCAUUCUCAGCAUGAGAGUACUCAUGACCGAGGACUCCAAUAAUGCUGUCAGCAAUUCCUUUUUGUUGGAUGACAAUUCCAGCAUCCCUUUCUCGGUCGACGACCUCUCUACGGCGCUGCAUGUGAAGGAUUUUUCAGAUGUAACACCAGCAGAGGAACUUCUUGAGCAACCAGCCUUCGAAUUUUUACACGACUGAGGCUAAGGAAGCUCCUGUUUUCUUUUCUUGUGUUUUUUUUUUCUAAGGUAGGCUUUACUUAUAAUUCUAUAGCAAUUUCAUUGGUUAUUGUAAAUCCUUCUUUCCCCACAGCUGAAAAAAAAAAAGAAAUUGUAAAAGAAACCUUGCCCUUGUAUUCAUGCCCCUGCUGUAAAAUUAUUUAUUUAUUCUUUAUCGCUUUGGCAUUGAGAGGGGCACCAAUAUAUUUUGAGGUGUGUAUACAGUUUUUUUUUUCAAUGGUUUUUUUUUUUUUCAUAGGGAGUUCAGGUGAGAAUUUGUUUUGUAGUUUGGUGGGUGAGAAAUUGCUCUCUCCACUCCAUUUUUUGUUGUAAAAAAGAAGUAACAUAUUUAAAUAUAUAUAUAAGCUCAAAGGACAUUGACAUUGGUUUGUGAAA